AUGAACAUCCUUAUCGUCCCAGGAUGUCUCUGGAUCCUCUUCUCUUCACUAGCCGCUAUAAACAAGUAUUUCUCUUUCAAAUUUCAUAAGAAUACCUUUCCAUUCACUCUAUUUAUCCUGACUUUGAAUAUGGUAGUUUUAGUAGCAACAGCUUAUUUGCUCCCCUUCGACUUAUUUCAUACAGCAAACUUAAAUUCUGACUCUAAUUCUUCAAAUUCAACCAUACCCAUUGUGGCAAAUGAUACAAUGACAAAUAUUCAAAAGAGAGACUUGACCAAUAUCAUUCAAGAACAACAAGAGCAACCCUCAUCAAUCAAAUAUAUUUGGUACUCCAUAUACUGGAUUCAAUUCGUUCUAUGUUGGCUUAUAAUACCAGUAUUAAUAUCAUAUAUUUCACUAAAAUAUGAAUUACCAAGGGGAAAAGUAAGGGAACGUAUGUCCAAGGCCAUUUUCCAAAAUGUUAAAUUUUACUCUCUAUGUCUCGUUGGAAUUGUCAUCGGAAUCAUUUAUUUGGUGACAAGUACAGGUCAUAGUAUUAGAGAUUUUAAACCUUUAUUGAUAUCAUUGGCUCAUUUAUAUUCAUUGAGUUAUACUUUGAUUUUAUUAUCUACGGGAUUAAUCAUUUUCCCAAGAGAUUUAUUAUCCAAGGCAAGAUCCCCCACUUUGGAAUCUAAUAAUAAAUUAUUCGUGGAAUUAAGUAAAGUGAAUGAUGAUUUGAACGAUUCUCAAUUAAAUAUAUUGGAUAAUGCCUCCAAGAUAUUAAAUUCAAAUGAAUUGACCAAUGGAGACGUCACAUUUAAUGAAUUGUUAAAUGAAUGUAAAUUGGAAAUACAAACUAAAUUAAGUGAGAUAAAGAUAUCUCCAACAAUAACAAACCCAAUUGGCACAUCAUCGCCCAUUAAUACUUUAUCCAAACUAAACAAGAAUUACAACAAAUUCAUCGUUCAUUACUAUAAUUUCAUUUAUAAUAAGACUCACUCAGAUGAAAUCAUUCAUACAUUGGCUCAAUCACAUAAACCAUCAAGCGAACUAUUCAAGAGAGUGACAUUAACCAUUCUGGGAUUACUUUCAUUCAUCUUAUCACUUUUAAUCUUAUUUUUGGAAAUCAUACCGACGAAAUGGGCUCAUGGUUGGAUCUUCUUGGGGAACCAUUGGUAUAAUUUUGCAUUAGAAUUCAUAAUACUUCAUUAUAAUACAAUGACGUCAUUAUAUUCAAUGAGUAAAUUUAAAUUUAUUAGUUUCCAUUUAAUUCCAAGUGGUCAAAGUAACCCAUCAAAUGCAUUAUAUUAUUCAUUAUAUUCUAGUAGAUUAUUGUUCCCAUUAUGUUUCAAUUUAAUGGUUUUAAUUCCAUCAGCGGGGACAGGAUUGCAAACUUCGUUCGAGACAACAUUAUACAAUGAUUUGGAAUUGAUUCCAUUGGUUCAUUUCCUUAAUAAAUACUUACCAAUGAUCUUUAUGAUCUUAAUCCCAGUGAGUUAUAAAUAUGAUUUGAAACAAAAAAUACUGUUGAAAGUGUUAGGGGAAGAAUACUAUUACCAAUUCUUUGGUAUGAUGAUGUAUGAGCCUACUGCAACGAACCUAAAUGGGAAUAACAAUAGUAAUGACUUGAGUCCAUUGAAUCCUGGUAUUAAUAAUAGAUCAAGAAUUGAUGAUGAUUAUGAAUAUUCUUUGCAAGAUGGUAGAUACCUUUUCGAAAGGGUCUCUGGAAAUUUCAAUCUAGAAAAUACUACUCCAACCACCACCACCACUACCAAUAAUAAUAAUAAUAAUGGUUCCUACGUGUAA